GGAAGAGUUGUUGUCGUUGGGGCCUCGUUAUGAAUUGCAAAAGUACUAUCGCACACGUACUAAUCGCAGUCAUGCAACAAGACAAGUUUCUUUUCCAAGCUAGAUCAGCAUGAGAAAUUGCAUUUGUCAUGUUGAGCUAAUUUGUAUUGCAAUACUACGAGCACGAUACUUUUGCAUUGCAUGCUUGUCCUCCUCCUCGGGAUCAUCCUCCAGCGCGCCAGACUACAGUUUCCUACCGUCCCUGCGCAGCGAGGGAAGUGCUGUAGCAGGGGCGGUGACGACUUCGGCUACGAUGAGCGCUCAACGAGUUGUACUACAACAACCCGAGGGGGAAACGACCAGCGGGGGUGACAUAUUAGAAGUAGCGGCGGAGAACGUCGUAGAGCUGCAUCCAGACGACGGCGAGAAUGAUGUUGAUAUUCGAGAGCAAGAAACGCAGAAUCGUCAAGAACAAGACAUUCUUGGCGAUGAAACGAUCGGAAAAAAUCACACAGUGAAACAACAAUUAAUGCUACCUCGAGAUCAUGGACAGGAAGGUAAUCAUCGUGAGAAGAGGACCAUUGCACCGUUGGGUCUUGUUUCAGGACCUGCUACCGCAUCACCAUCUUUGCUAGGUGACGAUGUUGACGACCAGGAGGAGUUAUUUUCCGCCAGGCAAGAAAUAAACUAUAACCAGCACACAACCGCAGAACCUUCUCUCGUCGACGACGUCCCACCCAACAGAACCGCACUGCCUUUACUUUCGCACCGAUCGCCGAGAGAAGCCGCGGGAGCCAUCAGGAAGAUCGCAGACACUCACGACGAAGUAGAGCAGCACGAAGAUCAUGUGGGCGGGGAGCAGUUGUACCGGCGCCGGAACCUGCAUAAAAAUCCCUCGUCGUCUCGAGGCAGGACGAGCGACAACAACCUCCUGACAGCACGACCAGACCGCAUCAUCCUAACCGUGGACCAACUCGAGCAGCUCGUGCUGUUUCCCCGCUCCCUAUUAGAGUGCACAACUACUACAACUCUCUCGCCCCCUCAUUCGUAUCUAUAAUGGUAGGCGGGUGUUGUUGAAGAACAGCUCCUAUACAGACGCCGGCACAUCGACAUCGACAUCAACACGUGGAGCCUGUGCAUGACAUUUGCAUGCGGCGAAUGCGAUACUACUUAUUUGCGGUUCUGGACUUUGUCACGCAAUAAACAGUGCCGCAAGGAGGUAAGUAGCAGCUGGAUUCCUGGGUUUUGCAUGAGGACGAUGAAUGAGGCGGAGAGGCGGGGGAUUUGUGUACUGUCAUACUUUAUCGAGAUUCACGCAAAGAAGGACAUUGUCAAUUGGCGGGUGGUCCUCUCUUGGUUCCCGGAGCCCGACCUGCACCAGAGAAACAAAACGUACGUAUCAAAUGUAAAAAUGUCUGGGUCUGGAAGAAUGCAAGUUUGUCAUGCUUGUCUGGCAUGACUCAUAAAUCUGUAAUGCAUGAGCAGGAAAGAAAUGGCCUCUUGCCUGUCAUGCAAAAACGCAGUUUGUCAUGCGGAAAACGAAGCACAGUAGUAGUUGAAAAAUUUGUCAUGCUUGGCUGCGUAUUGCAGUCCGCCCACCAGUCACAUUUUAGCAUCACAAGUUUCCAGACCCAGACAUUUUUACAUUUGGUAGUACGCAACGUUAGACGAUCUCGCGCAGGAGAAAAAAAUCCUGGACCUCCGUACCGAAGCCGGCUCCGUGGAACUGUCUGCGCGGAAACGCAGGAGAUUUCUGGAUCGGGAUCAUGUUGUUGAUGGUAGCGAUCAUUUUAGAAACAGCACAGUACGAACCGGGAACAAAAUGUUGAGGCCACGAGGACCCCUUUUCGGCGCUGGGGGCCGCGGGGGCGCGCAUGAUUUUUCACCCGUGUCGCCACAGUCGGGUGGCAGCUAUUCGGACUCGACUUCGCCCGACGUCGCUCUUGCUGGCCCAAGCAAUUAUCCGGAAGAUGACUUUCGGGCUUUUUUUGAGCGGGACGCCCGUGCGCCGCCCAGUCCGAUUUUUCUCCAAAUGCGGGGCGAGCGAACCUUCCGGGGCGGGCAUACCGUAUAAAAAAACUGAAGUCUCAGUUUGAGUUUCAAAACUUUGCAGUCUUUACAAGUUCCCUCAGCAUGACUACGCCCAAAAUCUGUGAUGCGUCAGAUGCAAGAGAAAAAACUUAUCAAGUUGAAGUUCCCUUUUCUUGCAUGACGAUCAUGACAAAUAGAUAGCACUGUCUCAAGCUCAAGGAAGUUCCGCAUUACAUACUUACAAGUUGAGACUGAGACAGUUUUUUCUCGCGAUAGGGCAGGGUGCAGCUUUACUGGCGACGAACACGCGGGACUUGAUUCCUAUGGGACUCUCAAUCAAAUGUGAAACUGAUCGCUCUUAGUACGUGAUUUGGCAUGCCGUAGCAUUAUCACCCUUCGACGAUCACGAUCAUGCUGCUUCGCAUGACCGUCAUGUCGCGCCGCACUAAAAAGAAUUGAAAUUAUCUGUUUCAAAUGUGGAAAAUAAAAGCACGACGCUCAUGCGCAAGCUCUUUUGCUACUCUUCUUGCACUUAUGGUAAAUACGCAAGCUCCACCAGCAUCACCAUCACGUAGCUACAAGUGGGACGAGAAUGAGUGUAACUACGUUUGAGAGUCUGAUACUUCCCGACGGCGACCGUUCGAGUACGACAUCUAGUAGUGCCGCGUUUUUAAACAACAAGACAUCUCGAGAGCAGCAGCAGUACAACUUCAAGAAGCUGCAGUUAGAGCAGCAUGCAUCCACCUCCAAUCGCAACCUGGAGGAGGACUCCGCCGGUUCGGUCCAUCAUGAAGGCGGAACAUCGCGGACCAUGCGGUUUCGCAGGACAAGCAAUCCGAGGAAUCUGGCCUGGUGGUCCGGCUCCUCAAGCGCGAGCAACAUGGGAGGUGCAACAGCACAACAGCAGCUUCCAAGAAAUUACAGCAACCCCGCGGCACAACGACAACAGUCGCGGAACAAAAACCUCGCAGAGUACGCCCUGGAUGAGCGCACGCUUUCCCGGAUGACAGUUAUGCAUCCGAAAAAGUAUCGUAUUUUUCGUAUAAAGAGUAGGUAUAAGAAUAGCAAGAGGUCGCAUUUAUCAUUCGCAUUCCGUAUUGCUUAUGUACUUGAUCUGGAAGCUAAGUUGUUUUUACGAGUACUGCUGAGCAGACGAGUACCACGGUUUAUUUCUUCUUGGUUUGUCGUGCAAUGCAAAAUUUAAACUACUGCGAGAACUAGAAGUACGAGUGUACGAUGCUUUCGCACGGGAUGACGGUGAACGCACUCCAGUCCGACAUUUUCGUUAACAACCGUGGCGAGGCAACGCGAAGAAGCCGGCGACGGCCCGCAAGUGCCGUCCGUGGCAAGGCCGCGCCACCGGGUGCAGUUUUCCACAGCAGGAGUUAUGCGACGUCCACCGCGGAUGAAAGGAGUGGAGCGGGGUUUUUCUACGGCUCGUCGGCGACGAGUUCCAGGUCGAGUAGUCGCGAGAUUUUUUCCCAACAACAGCACAACUCCUUCUACUCGACAGAGAUACUACAACGUCAACCACAGCAGGCCCUUGAUCGUGUGCGUCGUGGCGGGGGCACAGGAGGAGUGGUCAGCACUAGUUCAAUACCGAAGAUAUUUUUACCCGGCCAGCACGGUGGACGAACAAGAUCUCGCGGCCCGCCGAGCGUCGGGACGAGCAGGUCCGAGCAGUCGACCGUGGUGAUUGCGCAGCCCGGGGUCCUGGGUGGUGGUUUCUUGCAACAGGGGCGACAAGAGGUGGAAAACGACGAGGAAGAUCUUUCUUUGUCAAAAAGAAGAUUUAGCUUCCCGGGGAGUCUGUUUGGGGCCGCGACGAGUUCGGGAUUGCUCAACAAUUCCAGUCGGUGGUCGCGCUCGCAAAGCCCGGCUGCCUCGGAUGAAAGACGGGUGAUCAAUGACGAGAAUGACUAUGAGCGUUUGAAGAUGCGUGUGGUGAACAACAGCCGUAGCCCGUCUCCGCCCUCUUCGCCUCCACCUGAUGAUGUUAUCGCAGAAAAAGAUCCGAUGACGUUUUCUCACCCCGAAGUAAAACAUCAAGAUGUUGGCGCCCCCGCAGCACCAAGUAGAACCUCCGGGCAAGAACCGCUGCAAUUACACCAGACUUCAGGCACGAUUCCGGGGGGUUCGGAAAAUCCUGGUACUACGACCACCGUGUUUUCAGACGACGAGGAAGCGACGGUAGUAGUCGACGUCGAGCGGAUCAAGAGGCAAACACUUGAUCGUAUACAACGGCCAGUUCCUCCUGCUAGAAGUAGACCGCCCUCGUCGACGCCCACGAUGAAGCCCUCGAGCUCCUCUAUCCUGUGCAAAAUAAACGUCCCCACCCCAGCGUCAAGAUGGGGAUCUCGCAACUCAAAUCCAGAUGCUUUGCACUCACGCAUGACAAGUCGCAGUCCGACCGUAGUGUAGUGCAGGCUGGAAAGGACUACAGCCGCAUUACAAAUCCAUCUGCUUAUCCUGUUUGCAGCAUUACAAAUUCCAAAUCACCACUGGAGGCGCCUAUCAUGGGGAUGUUGCGCGGCAUCACAAAUCGUCCUGUCAUUGCAAAUCUGUGCGACAACUCUGGGGUGGGAACAGUUUUCCUCAGGAUAUCCUCUUCGUCUUCCUCAUCUUUCUACACCGGGACAGUGGACAAGUUGAAAAGCGUCUUUGGAAGUGGUCGCGGGCAAGACAAUGAGGAAGAUGUUGUUGAUCCAGAGACGCGGGGCGAGCAAGAAAAUAUUAAAAGCGCUGUAAUUAUAUCAAGCACGGUAACCCCGGAGUUCACCCUGCGCGGCUGGAACGGUAGCUGGACAAACAUGAGACAGCUCGAGAACGAUGAAAGCCUUGAAAGUAGUAGAGGACAGCACAUCAGUUCUAGCGCAGCUAGCAGUAGUGCCAAUCUCAAUCUUGUUGUUCCAAAUUAUGCGACGGACCCUUGGAACCUGACGAACGCUUUGUCUAAGGUACGAAACGAGAACGGGGGCGGAGCAAAAGAUGACGCAGACGAAAGAGACUUGAAGAAAAAAGUAGAAGGACCAUACGCAGCAAGUCGUGUAAGUGACCGAACGAGACGGAGAGGUCUUCGGGAAAAGGACAGCAGCGGUUCUGUCCACUACACACUUGAACACGGCGGCGCUGUUGACUCUAGUACUGCAAAAGGCGAUAUUAGUGAUAUUCAACUUGUUCACAGUACUUUGAAGACCAAGCAGGAGGAACAAGCUGGAUUACCAACAAGUGAAUCUUCCUUGAUGUUCAGAAACCACGAUGAAAACAAAGCCCGCACGGCAGGCGAUGUCUAUUCUGUCGCAGAAGAACCUCAAGGCGGUCGGGGUUCUUCGAAGAUUUUUGCACAAGAUAACAAUUCUUCAUGGGAAGAUAAAAGUGUCGCUAAUAUCACCAAGAAGCCGAAGCGCAAGAAGAGGAAUUCUUAUGAGGACUGGAAUUCACAGUUUUACAACUGGUCACCCGCACCUACUACGAGGAGCAGUGCGAAUGAGCAGAAGAACAAGCAAAGAAACACUACAACAAUUAUCGCAGAAGGCGAGGACAACUACCUAGACCUUCAAGUCAGGAGGCACAGUCACCACAAGUCAGGAGGCACAGUUGUCACCACCGGUCGUAGUGCUGGUGCCAAUUUCAUUCCCACACUGUCGCCGUACACGACAAGAAUGUCCAGACGAGAGGAACAACGGCAGUUGUACAACAAUAGCGGCUACCAACAUUACCCAAAUUCGGUCUACAGCGGGCCGCAGCCGCUCGUGGAGGACGUUCGGGCAAGCCUGCUUUUCGACCAGCGUGCCCGGAUGAUCGGGGGGUUCGGGGCCCGCGACGAGUUUGUGACGAAGUUUUUUUACCCAAAGCCGUCACUUUUUGCGAAAAAUGGUAUUGUGUACAAGCUCACAGGCGUCCUGGCCCUGCUCCUGGUCGGUCUCUUCAGCUUUGUCACGAUCAGGCUCACAAGGGACCGGCAGUUGAAGGCGUUGCGAACCGCAUCCGAAACCGCGCGGCACUACGGGGAUCGAACCGACGAUGGGCGUAUGCACUGCAAAAGAAUAUACAGUAGUACUUGUAAUCGCAGGAGUUGUCACACGACUAAGAAAUACAAAUUUACUCAGCAUGACAGAUGGAAUUUGUGAUGCUAGAGCAGCUAGUGCUAGUGGUCGAGAUACAACUCGGGGACAACUAGCUCUCACUGUAAUGCAUCAAAAGUGCAAAUAUUUACAUUUAGAAAUACUAUGAGCGCGAUAGUUUUGCAAUGCAUAGGGCGGAAGGCGAAGCAAAAUCACAUCAUUCUGGCGUCGAACCAGUCAUUCUUUUUGGAAGCCGCAACGCUGUACCUGGCCGAGUGGGUCACAACUUUGUUGGUCGCGAAGGUGUUUUUGCUCCUGUUAAUUGCGUAUCAGCAGCAAAAUAAAUGUACUUAAAUGUCUGGCUCUGGCAACAAGAUGCAGAUGUUAGCUAUGCCGGCUUUGCGUGGCCCAUCCCGUUAAGGUCUGAAGUGCGUGGCAUAGCAUGCCAAGUUUUGCGAAAGCCCUGUAAUGCCUUUUCUGUAUGAGAAAUAAUUAUCGUCGAAGGUGGUGGGUAAAGUAAAAGUGAACGGCUAGCUUCUCCUACCUGACUCAUGCAGAUGCAUCAGCAGCACACAUUUUUGCAUGACUGACAGAGAGCAUCACAGGUCGACGCUCCUCCAAAAACCGAGACAUAUUUGCAAUGCAUACUGCGCGGAUCGUGUUUCCACGCAUCGUCGCGUCGACCAAUCCAACGCUGGCUGCAACUUCUAUGGGGUUCUCAAACGUUACAGGGAACGCUGUUACAUGUUGGAUUGUUUGUGAUACAAGAACAAGAGCAUGAGCAAUAAAAGGAAAAGCGAAAGGGGGGAACUUCCGCUGCCUGCAU